AUGUCUUUGGCUGAUACAACAAAAACAAAUCUAGAUGAGUGCUUCCCCAGUGUGGGAUUAGAAAAUGAUAGGAAGUCUGCAGAAUGCGAGAAGAGCCUAGGCCUGGGUGAUUUUCCCAGGGAAAGUAACACUGCUGAGAAGAGUGUUGAUUAUAGUCAAUCCCAGUGUUCCUGCAGAAGUUCAAGUUCUCACUAUGAUUACUCAGAAGACUUUCUCUCGGAUUGUUCAGAAGCAGCUGUUAAUAGAAAUUAUUUAAAGCAAACUGUGGUAAAAGAAAAGAAGGAGGAGAAGAAAAAAUAUGUUUCUAGACUCUCCCAACCUAAAGGGCCCAAGGAAAUCUCAGCUGAAAAAAAGCACAACUGGAAUGCAUCAUUUUUAAAUUCUCAAACCAAUGUGAUUACUCAAAGGAGAGAUGCUAUGGCUCAUCGCAUAAUGUCUGCAAGGCUUUAUAAGAUUAAAGAGCUAAAAAAUGAUUUAGCUGAUAUACAUCGUAAAUUGGAAGCCACCAUCAUAGAAAACCAAUUUUUGAAACAACUGCAGUUUAGACACUUAAAAGCGAUAGGAAAAUAUGAGAACUCACAAAAUAAUCUUCCUCAAAUUAUGAUUAAACAUCAGAAUGAAGUAAAAAAUCUAAGGCAGCUACUUAGGAAAUCCCAGGAAAAGGAAAGAACUGUAUCUAGGAAACUUAGGGAAUCUGACAUUGAGUUAUUGAAGACUAAGGAUGCCUUACAGGCACUGCAGAAACUUUCUGAAGAUAAAAAUCUUGCAGAGAGGGAAGAACUUACUCAAAAAUUAUCUGUUCUCACAUCAAAAUUGGAGGCAAAUGACAAAAGAAUACAGGUCUUGGAAAAACAGCUGAGGUUGAACAAGAAAGCCUUUAAUCGGCAGUUGGCUAUUGAGAACCAAAAGACAUUAGCAGCUCAAACAGCUACAAAGGCUCUGCAAAUGGAAGUAAACCACCUCCACCAAAAACUUAAGGAGAAAGGUCGAGAACUUGAAAUAAAAAACAUCUAUACUAACCGAAUACUUAAAAAUUUACAUGACAAAGAUGAUUAUCCAAAAGUUUCUUCAACAAAAUCAGUACAAGCAGACAGGAGAAGUUUUUCAUUUAUAAGUGUGAGACACCAGGAAACCCAAAAAUCAGAUGUUCCAUCUUUGACAACUAAGAGUAAAAAGACAACAGGAAACAUUGCUCAGAAAGAAAAAACAACUGAAAUAAACAGCGAAUUUUCUCACUCUAUCAAUAUACCACCAACCCAAGAUCCUAGGAGAAAGCAUGAAGAUUUAUCAAAGGAAGAGGUACAUCUAGAAGUACAAGCACCUGUGGAGGAUACUGACAAAAGACAAAGAGAGAAAAGGGAAGAUCAAGAAAAGAAAAUCAUUUUAAAUAUAGAAGAACAAGAGCUACCAUCAAAAAGAAUUCAAGUAAUUGAUCCUGAAGAGGAAAGCAAGCAGGAAGAUGAUACAGCAAAAGAAAAGCCUAAAAGAAGUGUACAAAUAAAUGACAUGGAGGAUAUUCCUAACAAGUAUGCCAUUCCAAACGUCAAAAUACCCUUUCGACAAAGAAAGCAUUAUUCAUUCACAGAAACGAUUGAAAACUUGCAUCACGGGCUUCCAACUUCAGGUGGACCAGCCAAUACAAGCAUCACAAGAAACAAUCAUAGUGUAUGCAAACAGCACAAUAACAUUGAACUGAAGCUAGAACAUUCAACUACUGGGUAUGAGCCGUCUUUUGGAAAGUCUUCCAAAACAAAAGCAAAAAGCACAACUUUAAGAGAUAAGAAAAGCAGUCUAAUGGAAGAACUCUUUGGAUCAGGCUAUGUCCUAAAAGAUGACCAAACAAGUCCUGUCGUUAAUAAAGGAUCUGAGGAGACUUUGAAAUGUGAGAAGAUACACCAUCUAUCUCCCAGUCAGGUCUCUGCCAGCAAUGCUUUUGGAGAUUCUAAAGUAACUGUGGUAAAUUCUAUUAAGUCAUCUUCACCUACAGAAGGAAAAACAAAAAUAAUUUUUUAA